AUGUCGUGGACGGCGGCGACACUUCUUGCGAGCGAUCCGCCCUGGGAACUACAGGCGGAAGUGCUUGCGGAAGUGUACCGGUUUCGGGUGGAAGCAAGGUCAAGCGGCGAUUGUCCAGGACUGGUGGAGGUAAAGCGAAUCAGGGCUUUAGCCCAGCGAGCCUUGAUUAGAAGGUGGGAGGAGGACCUGGGAUCCCCGUCGGCAGGCCUGGCGACAGUGGAGGCUAUCCGUCCCCACUUGAGUCGCUGGGUGGAACGAAGACACGGCACACUCUCAUUCAGGCUGACGCAGGUGCUUACCGGGCACGGCUGCUUCGGUAGGUAUCUGCACUGGAUAGCGAGGCGAGAGAUGACACCCUCCUGCCAGGAGUGCGGCGCGCCUUCGGACACGGCGCGCCUUCGGACACGGCACGCCACACCCUGA